UUAGAUCGUCAUUUACUUUUGCUCUAAUCAAUUUUGGUAGGCUAAACUUUCGAAUAGAAAAUGGGUGUAUUCACUGGAUUUGGUAGCUGGAUCAAUCAGAACAGUCAAGAGCCUCUUAAGGCCGAGUCCAAGAGAUCUGAAAAUGGCGAAUCUAAGUCGGCGUCAGAGAAAGACACUAAUAAUGCUCCUGCUAAGAAGAAGAAGAAGGUGGUGAUAUAUUAUGAUGAAAAAGAGGACAGGAGACAAGAAAGACUUUGGCAUAAAGCAGAGAAGAAGCAUCCAUGGCAUAAUCCACCUCCCAAGAUCAAGGUGACAAAUAAGAAGGGUCUUUACCAUAUGAACAUAGAAUUGACCGUGGGAACGACUCCUAAUAUUGUCUACUACGUGUUUACUGAUCCAAAAGGCGGUCCGUUUUUCGAUUAUAAGAAGUGGCGCGACAUAAUGAAAAACACAUCAAGAAAGGUUUUGAAGGAGAAUGGUCCGAAGCGGGUCAUCAUGGUGGAGAAAGCUUUGGCUUAUAACAUCCUUUCGCUGACGACUAUAUCUAUCCCGAUACAUCUAACUAUGGAAGAAAACAGAAAAGAUCUUACGACAAAUUAUAAGAAAGGGAAAGUAAUAUUGAUGAAAGAGUUCCACGGCAACUAUAAAGUCGAGCCUAUAUAUGUAGAUCAAGAACGGUUGUGCAAAAAGAGGCUACCAAAGAGUCCAGAAGAAUAUAAAAAAUGUAGCGGUGGCCAAGGAAGGAUUGGGUCAAAAUUGACAAUAAACCACUACUUCCAGCCAUAUCGUCCAUUUAAUAUACCGCCUCUUUCUUGGUUCAUCCGUGGGAACACCAUCAAAACCUCCAAAAAAUUGCUCAACGGGAUUCAGGACCUGGCUUCGUCUUUUCGACAGGCAGAGCCACCCUCAGAAGAGGACAUGGAAGCGAGUGAGAUAGAUACUGUCGAAGUACAUAAUUUUUUGAAAAUAUAGAAGAUUGUUAGCAAACAUACAAAAACUGUUUAUCGCGUACUAUUGAUUAUUUUGGUAUCGACUACCACAGCUGAAAAUUGUUUUUUUUUUAAGUUGAAACUACUAAAAGUUAUUUCUGUUUUUAACA